AUGACAGACGUCGCCGUUUCACUACCGCAGCAGCCUCGCGAUCAUCCGAUCCUCCGCCGCCGGAGUUCUAUCCCGUCCUCGAUCGUAGUAGCGCCGCCGAAGCUCAAUCUCCUCCACCACCACAGCUCGUCGACUACGACCUCCGCCACAACGUCUUCGUCUUCCGACUAUCUCGAGCUGCUGUCAAUCAAGCCUAAUCCGAGAAGCUACACCUCGCUGAAGGAUCUCCUCCCGACGACGGCGGUGAACUCGCCGCGGCCGAGCUCCGCACAGGCCGGAUCCGACAUCUGCAUCCGGAACCGCCUCGUGAAGCAGGCGGCUUGGGCGUACCUCCAGCCGAUGUCCACCGCCUCCGGCUCCGUCGACGGCGGCUUCCUCCGCCGUAUGUUUCCGCGCCUCGCCGCCCUGUUUGACCUGGUCCGCCGCAGCGUCGCUCGAGCCAUCAAUUGGACGCUUCAAUUUGUGUGGAUCCGCUGCUCCAGAUAG